CAAUGAUCUUCAAUUGAUGCCGAAAUGACACUAUUGAAGUCGUCGACACUCAGGAACGGCUGCAAUUUUUAUCUAAGUCGAAACACUUGUACUUUUAGGCUCAAUUGAUUUUACGAGCACUCUAUAUCAUUCAAACUAUAUACCGUACUAUACAUGCAUAGAAUGCUUGUACAGUGAUCAGACUACUUAUUAAGCUCACUACUGCUGCGUACAUACUACACGCACCAACCACGUGGUUGAAUAUGACGCAUGCGUAACACGUGCGCGUGAACCUAACCUCAUUGAAUGAAUGUAUGACGAUCCGUAACCGUAUCGCGAAGAAUGCCAGUAUGUAUCGAGUUCCGUAACGAUUCGAAUAAACAAUCAGACGUAAAUGCCAUGUGUCCCUGUAUUUCAAGAAAGUAGUGUAAGCAAAUAUAAUUUGUUUGCGGCACAAAUACCUGGAGGGGACUAUACAUUGUAAAUUUACUUAUCGGGGGUAGCAGCCUUUUCAAUUUCAAUACGGUUCCAUUAAGAUACGAUCAACGAGUACGAUUACAUUUCAUUAUUUCGAGAAAACGAAUAUUAUUUUUAUAACCUUUUGAAUGAAUGUUUCGACGAUUACGAAGCAAAUGUUGCUACAUAAACAGUAAUUUGGCAUCAAUUAUUGCCAAAAGCGUGUUGUCUGCUUCAAAAGAGUGCAUACAGAAAUUGCGGCGUUUUAAAGCCGUGAACUGGAAAUUGCGUUAAACAUCUUCAGAAAAUAUGAAUGCGGAAGUUUAUGAGACUUUGCCUACGUCUUCUGUGGCUGUGCACAUGACAGCAGGUGCAUUCGCCGGAAUUAUGGAACAUUGUGUGAUGUAUCCACUUGACAGUGUUAAGACAAGAAUGCAAGCAUUAACACCGUCUUCAACUGGAGGUGGUGGAGUAAGAACAGUUUUGAGAAAAAUGAUACAACAAGAAGGUUUCUUGAGACCAAUUCGUGGUAUAACUGCAGUGGUUGUAGGAGCUGGUCCAGCACAUGCAUUAUAUUUUUCAUGUUAUGAAUUUGUUAAAAAUAGACUCUUAAGUUCAAGAACACAUCCCGAAUUAAAUGUAGCUGUAUAUGGAACUGCCGGUUGUGUGGCAACACUACUGCAUGAUGGUAUAAUGAAUCCAGCAGAAGUGGUCAAACAGCGGUUGCAAAUGUAUAACUCUCCUUAUCGAAAUGUUGCAACAUGUAUAAGAAAUAUAUAUAAAAAUGAAGGUGUAUACGCAUUCUAUAGAAGUUACACGACACAAUUGACUAUGAAUGUGCCUUUCCAGAUGAUUCAUUUUAUUACUUAUGAAAUUGCACAAGUUUUUACGAACCCUGAUCACAUUUAUAAUCCUAUAGCACAUAUGAUAUCAGGUGCAUUAGCAGGAGCUAUUGCUGCUGCAGUCACAACGCCUUUAGAUGUUUGUAAAACACUUCUAAAUACACAAAGUGGUGUGCAGACUCAAGGCAUGAUAGAUGCUUUUAAAACAGUUUAUAGAUACGGUGGUUUACGUGGUUAUUUUCGUGGACUAAAUGCUCGUGUUCUUUAUCAAAUGCCUGCAACCACUAUCUGUUGGUCAACGUAUGAGUUUUUUAAAUAUAUACUUCAUGAAAAACAAGAUGAUGGAUAUCGUGGAUUAGAAAUUGAAACUGAUUUUUCAAGUGGAAUAAAUCAUAACCAAGGUUCUUCUACUAGGACUAGUCAUGUUCAAGAUGUGAGUGUAUAUCUUAACCAAAAUGCUCCAACUUCAAUAUUACUUGAUGUGACUACAAGUUAGGUAUUUUUGAAUCCUUUAUUCACACCAUUUAAAUUGCAUUAAAGAACUAUCGAAUGGUGAGCAAAGUAUC